GGGGCUGGGGGGGUGGCGGUCGCCGAGUUUCCCCCCGUGUUUUUCCCCGCCGCCUGGGACCCGGCGGCGUCUUCUGCGGGCUUCUUCGUCAACGGUCCCGGCACCCCUCUUUUCCCGCUUCCUCCUCCUGCCCAGGUCUUAGGGGGGGGAGAGGCCUUCCCCCCGCCCCGCACACACACCCCGUCUCUUCCCCGCCUGGCGGGCGCCCAGUGCGGUGGUGGGGCGAGUGCUGGUGCGGGCGCUCUCUCGCUCUCUUCGCACGCUUGGAAUAUGGUGGGGGAAAUGGAAACCAAGGAGAAGCCCAAGCCGAGCCCCGAUUACCUGAUGCAGCUGAUGAACGACAAGAAGCUCAUGAGUAGCCUCCCCAACUUCUGCGGGAUAUUCAACCACCUCGAGAGGCUGCUUGACGAAGAAAUUAGCAGAGUACGAAAAGACAUGUACAACGACACGUUAAAUGGUAGUACGGAAAAGAGAAGUGCAGAAUUACCUGAUGCUGUGGGACCUAUUGUACAGUUACAAGAGAAACUAUACGUGCCUGUAAAAGAAUAUCCAGAUUUUAAUUUUGUUGGACGAAUCCUUGGGCCUAGAGGACUAACAGCUAAACAACUUGAGGCUGAAACAGGAUGUAAAAUCAUGGUCCGAGGUAAAGGGUCCAUGAGAGACAAGAAAAAGGAGGAACAAAACAGAGGCAAACCGAAUUGGGAACAUCUGAAUGAAGAUUUGCAUGUACUAAUCACUGUGGAAGAUGCUCAAAAUAGAGCAGAAAUCAAACUGAAGAGGGCUGUGGAGGAAGUAAAAAAAUUACUGGUACCUGCAGCAGAGGGAGAAGAUAGCCUUAAAAAGAUGCAGUUGAUGGAACUUGCAAUUCUCAAUGGCACGUACAGAGAUGCCAAUAUCAAAUCACCAGCCCUUGCCUUUUCUCUUGCAGCAACAGCCCAGGCUCCAAGGAUUAUCACGGGGCCUGCACCUGUUCUCCCACCAGCUGCCCUGCGUACCCCUACGCCAGCUGGCCCUACCAUAAUGCCUUUGAUCAGACAAAUACAGACCGCUGUCAUGCCAAAUGGAACUCCUCACCCAACUGCUGCAAUAGUUCCCCAAGGACCUGAAGCUGGUUUAAUUUACACACCUUAUGAAUAUCCCUACACACUGGCACCUGCUACAUCAAUUCUUGAGUAUCCUAUUGAACCCAGUGGUGUAUUAGGUAUGGCUUUCCCAACGAAAGGCUAAGAAUUCAAGAACGGUCUUAACUGAACUCUCAUCAGAGAUGAUUUUAACAAAUACUUAGUUUUCAGCGGCCUUGAAAAGUUGUAGCCUAGCAGUCAGUGACUUACUUGCACUUUUUUUGCACAUAGAAUUAAAAUGCUAUUAAUUUGGUGUAGCCUGUACUAUAUAUGAUAAACUUAGCUGUGAUUUAUGAGUGUAUGGUAGUGUACUGACUGCUAUGUAUUCUGUACUAUUUGCUUUACUAAUCACCUAAUUCAUUGCAGUUCACAGUUAUUGACUUAGUUUUUAAACCACAGUCUGUAGGCUCGAGGAAUUACUUUAAAACUUUUUGUACAAAAUGGUAAAAAACUGGAAGUUGUUUUAAGAUUAGCAAAGAAUCAUCAGUAUUAAAAACUGCAUUAUUUAAAAAUAGUCUUGCUACAAGGAGGGCACUUCAGUGAAUAUGUGACUAGUAAAGCUCAAAUAUGCUUGGGUCAAAUAGAUUUCAUGGAAUACUGUAAUCUUGCAUUUGUAAAUGAAUGGAUAAUGCAGGUUAAGGCCCAGUUGCUUAAAAAUGCAAUAUUAAUCUGCACAGAUAUGCUCCAUAUAUUAAGGUUAAAAUUUGAAACUACUGUGCCUUAACUAGUUGCUUUCUUAAAAUGAAUUUUAGAAAGUAAUCAAUUUAAAACCAUUUUGAUAAGCCUGCUGUUAAUGUUUUUGCAAAUGUUUUCUAACUGUCUUGGUAAUUGCAAUUUAACUAGGUGCGGUGGCUACUAAAGUUCGAAGGCACGAUAUGCGUGUCCAUCCUUACCAAAGGAUUGUGACCGCAGACCGAGGUUAGUUUAGUUCUGCAGUUCUUGCUUAUAAGAAAUGCUUUGAGUGUACAUGAAAUUUGCAACACCACAGCUGGUUAACCAAAUACUGUUUUGACCAUUCUAUGGAUGUUUUACAUCAAUUGCGAUGGUAAUAAUUUAAACAUCUGGAAGAAUCUUGUAAACUACUGUAUCCUCCCAUCUAUAUGAAAUAUAUAAACUUCAGUGUAUUCAGUUUAAAAUGCUAUAACUUGUUCCCUUUUUAAGCACUAUUUAUGAUUUUUUUUAAUUCAAGCAGGACUCAAGACUUUAGUGUUACAUUAAUAGUUGAUUCUCCUAUUCGACUCUCUGUUAGUUAGAAAUAGCAGAUUGGUGUUGCAAAAUAAAAUGAAUGAAUGGGCGCUUAAUGAGAUAGAAGUAAAUGCUUUCUAUGUGUUUCAGGAGAAAGCUGAAGAUUUAGUUUCCUCUUUGCUGAAAAAUGGUUUGUGCCACUGUACUAUAAUUUGAUCAGUUAUGUGAGAACAAGAGUUUUUUGUCAAUUCAGCAGAGAACUGUGAGAAUUAUAUAUCAAAAGUUGUUUAGUGUUUGUUAGUAAAGAUGCUUUCUUUAAGUUCUCCUUUCCAAAAUGAAUUUUCAGUUUCAGUAUUUGCUGCUAAAAUGCAUUUCCUGAACUUAUUGCAAUUUUGAUGCUUUUGUUAGUUAAGAUGACUGUUUUUGAGCCCUGGUUGAUUUGGUAAAUGGAAAAUAAAUCUUCAUUUUCUCCUUUUCAUCAGAUGAAAUUUACAGUAUUCAACUCUGGAACCCUUGAACAAAUUUAAUCUUGUGAAAAGUGAGCAUUCGGUUUAUUGACAUUGAGUAGCCUAUUGAGUAGCCUAUUGGAGGUUGUGCAGUUGUUCAUGUUUGCUCAGGAGCAUUUCUCCUAGCAGUGGCUCUGAUUUGGUUUGAGUAUUUGCCAGGUCACUGUGCUAUCCGUUUUCUUAUGAAUACUCCGUCCCUACCUCACAGGGGUGUUGUGGGGAUUAAUUGUAAUACAGAGUUCUAAAACACAAACCAUAACAAAAAUGCUAAAUUACAAAGGAUACGAUUUCUUUCUAUGGGUAAUAUGUGUUACGCUAAAAUGAAUUCAGGCAAUUACUGUUUUAUCAUAACAUGAUAUCAGAACUCUGUAUGCCACCCAAGAGCUUUUUCUGGACAUUUUAGCCAGCUUAGGGACUUUUUAAACAAGAGAACACCUUAUAGAAACAUUCCAAAACAGAGAUACACACUAAAAAAGGCACAUACUGAAGAAUUUCAUAAAUGGUAUAUUCCUAAACAUAACAGUUUUCUGGCUACUUGCCUUAUAUUUAAUCACAAUCCUGGUUCUGACAACAUUCUAUCCUAUGUUCUCCUUGUAAGUCAAGGGAACAAAAUCUUGCCUUGACUGUUCACCUAUUCAUUCCCAGGCAUCCCUGGAUUGUUAUCUGUGAGUACAACAUUAGAAUAGGGUGUAUAGAUGUAAAAUCAAAUAUAUGUAAACUGAAUAAUGCACACAUGUACCCUAUCUGCAUGUUAUGCUGUUCAAGGACCUGGUGUAGCUGUGCCUGAACAAGAGUGGAGUCACAGUCUCUUAUCACCAUCAUUCCAGUUGUGUGUCAGAGAAGAUAGGGAAGUUAUUUUCUGAAUCUUCUUGCUGUUAGCUUUUGCACUCGAAAGUGUUGGCAGCUGGGUGUUCAUCAAAAAGAAUCUAUGUUGUCAUCUGCUCGUUGGUCAUUAUGCUCCAUACAUCAGAAAAUAUUUUGCAGAUUUUGGGUCAGAUUUUUUUUUAUUUUGCUUCAGAUAACUUGUAGCAGCAGGGUUUGUGGUUUUAUUUAUAAGGGUCGUGUAGCAUUUGCAAUUAUUUUUAAUACUGAGAGGUCCUCAAGUGCCUUACAAAUUAUGACCUAUAACUGUUUCUUCUUUAGUAUAACUGAUUACAGGUUUUCUUUAAUGGUGCUAUGUUGUUUAAUAAUAUGUAUCAUUAGUGAACAUGGCAGAUUUCAGAUUUUGUAAAGUUCUUCAGCAGUCUUCAUGGUUUUGAGCAAUAGACUGUAUUGUAGUAAAGGAGAGUAUUAUGUUUAUUUUUUUAUCUCUAUAAAAUUCCUAAGCAUAUAUCUUGGUAUCUUGUUCAGAUUUAAUUGAACUGCUGGUACGCAACGAAGAAAUUUUGCCUUAAACAUUCUAAAAUUAACAGAUACUUCCCAUUUAAAUUGUUGUAAAUACAUGUUUUGAUUCGUCCAUAAACAUUAUUAGUUGAAGUAUGUCAGUAAACCGGAAUGCUUUCUUUUCAUGAGGAAAAGCUGUAAGCAGAUUGAUUUUGGUCUGCAGUUUUAAAGAAAUCUUUUGACAAUUGUAAAGCUGUUGUCAUGUUUUCUCAUUAAGCAAGCUUUUAUUCUUAAUGUUGGCUUUACACGUAAGCACUGUGUUUAAGCAAGAGCCCCCAAUAUGUCAGUAUUCAGUCUCUUGGUUUAGAAUUGAAGAAUACAGCAGUACUUACUAAAUUUCUGCUAAAGUAAAGGCACUGUUAUAUAAAUAAUACAAAACUGAAUUUGAUUCAUGUAACAGAGAAACUGACUGAUUUAAUUGUAAUGAACUGUAAAUGGUUUUGCACAGUCGACAAACCUGUGUGUACUGUAGAAGGUCAGGGACUUGGCAGAGGAUGUAUCACAGGUGUACUGGUAUCUUAAGAUAGCUUGCAUUGAUUAUAUAUACCACAAGAAUGGCAAUGCUAAGGCUAUAACUGAAUGUUUUAUUUUUUUUCUGAAGCCAGUUGUCACAUAAUUUAUAUAUAAAAUUGUAAUACCUUUUUUAAUCAAAAUUGUAGUAAGUACCAAGAAUGCUUUAAGAUUCCGAAUAUCUAGUAUACAUUUUAAGGUGGCAAGAUGGUGCCACGUUAAAUAUUUAUUUUUAUUUUAUGUUUUAUUUUUUACAACAUUUUUAACUUAAAUCCCACUUUUCAGAUUUUUUUGUCAAAAAAAGAAAAGAAUCAGGGAACAGAAGGUAUCAUUUAAGUUGCAUCAACAAUGUUUAGUGUUCAUGAACUGUAGCCUAAAUAAUAGGCCACAGAAACAAUUUACCAUGUGAAAGUAAAUCCUACCCUUGAUGUAGGGUCAUUAAAAGUGUGCUAUCUGUGAAUAUUGCGCCUACUGAUUUUAUUUUAUGAAAUGGCACAAAUCUGACUUUGCACUGAAUACCUUUCUCAUUUUCAUCUCCUCUGCUUUAGUCAAUGGCAACAGUACAAAUACUCUUAUCAAACCUCAGAAUUUAUUAGAGAUGAUUAAGCUGUUGAAUGAGUCUUAAAAUUUGUACUACUGUAAAGUGGACCAAGUUGUUGAAGGUGUAUGUGAGAGAGUCAUUAAAGAAGGAACAGCUCAAGAACAUUGGGAAUGAUAACUUUCCACUUGAGAAUUUUUUUAUGUUUUACUGUAUUUUUUUGUGUGUUUUGGAAAAGAAAAUAGUAUUUACAGGUGGCUUCUUUUAAAAUAUAAAAAUAUAAAGCAGGAAUGUAUAUGAAAUGUCAGAUUUUAUUGUAUUUGCAGAGUAUUAGCUUUGAAAAUAAAGAGCUGUUUGUAGUUUUUAAAAUGCCUUAUUAGGAUCAAUUAGAUUUCCUCUAUUUUUGAUGUAACUAGAGCAUUUUAAGUAUAGAAUUUAAAAUGGCAGGACUGUUACAGUGUUUACAUGCAAGUGCAUUUUCUUAAGUGUCCUAUAUAUGUAAAAUAGCAUUUUCAGCAGGAAAACGCUAUUUGGCCUUUUCCUGGUUCCUAUGAUGAUGCCUACACUUCUAGACUACAAUUUAGUAUUGCUUUGUAUCAUGAAGCCAAGAAAUUAAAUGUUGUUUGUAAAUAGAAUCAUUGAAAAGCAAUAAAAGUUAUUGAACAAAAA